AUUAGUUUGAAGGAUUUUAUAACAAAUCGUGACAGCAACCAAUGAAUACCAGCUCCUUCUCAGAGAGUACUUCAACACUUGGAAGUAAGGUAUCAUAUUCACUGGAAAACCAGACCCAGGUGACUGACAUUGCAAACACACAAUUGAGAUCACAGGGCUCUAAAGUGGGAUCAGCAAAAGCCUUGCAACUUUUCAAAAAUCAAAUUACUUUUGGCGAUCAAUCGGCAACUGAAGAGUCAGAAGAGGAUGAAGACCAUACUCCUGAAGAUGAGUUUAGACUUAUAUCAGAAUCCAGCGACUGCGUAAAGGACCAGAAGGACUUAGUGUUAUGGGCCAAUAAACUAGAGCUUGAAAGUGCCGACCUCAGGGAAACUUCCAAAAAAUUGAUUAAGGAUUUACGUUCAAUGUCAGAGGACAUUAAGAGAGGCAUAAGACAAUUUCAAGCUCUUGCAACGCAGUCUAAAAACAUCAUGAAAGAAAUGGACACGCGAUUGAAGCUCUUUGGCUACAGGGAAGAGUCUUUUGAUGAGAGUACCAACGAUGAUAUCAAAUCCGACACAGGGAUAAUACUUGAUAAUCAAGUAAAACUUUUCAAGAUGAUGGAAAGGCAAGAUAAGUUCAACAAAAAGCUCACGGAGAUGCUGAAUAAAAAUUUCCGGAGUGCAAAUCAACCCCCAGACGACAGAUCACUACCCCCAGUCCAAAAGAGUGCAGGCAGAUGCUCUGCAAAAUCCAUCGGUACAGACCAGGAUGGUCCUGCUAACAAGAGGCGAACCUCUAUUGCACCAUAUCCACGAACACGGUCUGCCAAAAGCUCCACCCGUUUUGACAAGCUCGAGUGAUCAGUUUGUCAUGUUUCGAUGGAUAUCAAUAUCAAAGCGGGCACUGAAUUUUACCAAUCUUUCCAUUUCGGGAAGCCUUUCAUAAUACAGAUAGUAUGCCGGCAUGUAUCUGUCCACGAAUUGUUCCACCUCUUCGUCCGUCAUACCUGUUCCCUUGGCCUUUAUCAAUGAUUGCUCCUGUUCGAGUCUCCAAACGUACACAUUGGCCAGAUUAGAAGUUGUAAUGUAUAAAAAGCAGUCGAAUUUUGCCCAGAUUUGUUCGUAAAGACUCAAAUCUAGGUCAAGCUUCGCGAUGUGUUCAUAUUUAACAGAAUCGAAUUUUGGCUCGUGUUGCUUUCUGAUUUCCUCCCAUUUGUGUUUCAAUAUCAUCUCAUUUUUGUACGCGCGAUAUCCAACAAACCAGCCCUCAAAAAGGACCACAUCAACUUUGCGGCCCUGUAAAUGGGUCCAUUCGUUUUCAGGGGCACGAUCCCCCUUACCAUUGUGUAAUGAUUUGUCAUAAAAUGGAAUUGUAACAUUACCGCUGCCUUUCUCGAUCUGUGCAAGACAAUCAGAUAACAAUCGGAGAUCAUGAGUUCCUGGUAGCCCACGCCCUUGUAGUAAUACAUUUCCUCUGCUCAACUCGCUAACAUUCUCCUGUUCCUCAAAAGUGAGGUAGAAGUCGUCCAAUGAACAUCGUAUUAUAUUAAGUUUUUGGAACUUUAUUGAGAGCUCUUUCACCAAUUUAGUAGAAACAUACGUUUUGCCCGAACCUUGAGGGCCCUCUAGGCCAAUGAAUAAGGGCUUACUAUAAUCCCAACCUCUUAUAAUUGGUUCCAAAAAUUCCAAUGAACG